CCGCAGUGUGAAAGUGUGCAUCUCCAGCUGGAUGAUGUCGGCACUCAGCGCCAGGCUCUCCAGACCCAGCUGGAGAGCCUGGCGCAGGACGUCGGCCGCCUCAAGGAGUGGGCGUCCGGUUUAAACGAGAAAAAGUCCGAGCGCCAGGUGAGCUUGGACGCACUGACCAGCGCCGUGGAUCAGAUCGAAGAAAAGACGUCGGCCAUCACGAAGGACUUCGGCAACAAGGUGGUGUCAGUGAAGACCGACGUCCGCCGCAUGGACGGCCUGAGCUCAGAGGUGGAGUCCCUCCUGGCACAGGUGUCCGAUCUGGAGGACAGGGCGUCCCAAGCGGAGCACAGCACGGUCAAGCGUAUCGGCGACGUGCUCGCCGGCAGCAUCGACCGCAGUUCCAACCUCCGCGCGGCGUCCGAGCGCAACACGCAGGCCCUCGAGCAGCUGCGCCGCCGCCUCCCCGAGCUGGACGCCGCCGACCGGGACGUCUCGGAGCGGCUGAGGGAGCUGGAAAGCGGCCGGGCUCGUCUCAUCCGGACGGUGAGUUUCGCCGGGGACCUAAAACCCAAGGUGGCCGCCAUCAAGCGAGACUUGUCCGCCUUUGAGCCGCGUCUUUCGGACCUGACGCUACGCAUCGGAAACCUGGCGGAGGACAUCGGGAAGCGGGGGGAGGAGAUGGCGGAGCUGAGACACGCAGUGGACAACCUCACGGCGAACGACGUAAGUGAUCAAGCGCUUUUAUCAGAAUUUGAAGAGACUUUGCAGCCAGUAUGAAUUUUUUUCACGAUCACUGGUCUGAGAAUAAAACUACUGUGGACUUUU